GCGCCCCGCGGCGCAUGCGCGAGAGGGCGGGCGCGGGGUCUGGACGCGUGCGCAGCCCGGGACCUCCCAGCAGGCUCUGGGGCAAGAUGGCGCCGCGGGGGCCUGCACCGCCGACUGUCUGAGGGGACGCCGAGGGACGGCGACCCUGUUCCAGCUCCGCGGGAAAGCAGAGGCCGAGCGCCAGGGGCGCGAUGGCCGCGGUGGUGGCCAAGCGGGAAGGGCCGCCGUUCAUCAGCGAGGCCGCCGUGCGAGGCAACGCCGCGGUCCUGGAUUACUGCCGCACCUCGGUGUCGGCGCUGUCGGGGGCCACGGCCGGCAUCCUCGGCCUCACCGGCCUCUACGGCUUCAUCUUCUACCUGCUCGCCUCCGUCCUGCUCUCCCUGCUGCUCAUCCUCAAGGCGGGCAGGAGGUGGAACAAAUACUUUAAGUCCCGGAGGCCCCUCUUCACGGGCGGCCUGGUCGGAGGCCUCUUCACCUACGUGCUGUUCUGGACGUUCCUCUACGGCAUGGUGCACGUCUACUGACGCGGGGCCGGCGCCCCGGCUCUCGGAGAGAAGCGGACGGUGACCGCGUGUAGACCGACUUCGUUUUUAAGUGUUUGGAUUCACUGCUUGUUCUGUAACGUUAUGACUUAGACCGGAGGACGGAGAGCCUGUGAUAGCCCUCCGAUUAAAUGAAGCGUGAGCCGCCCGACGGAGUGCUUCCUGCCUGAGCGCACCCUCCCCGCCCUCGCCCACACCCCCAACCCCCAGUCUGUCGUGGGUGCAAAAGCCCCAGGUGUUGAUGCUCCUGGAGGGCUGGGAGUGGGGCUUGGCCGUCGGUAACGGAGGGGACUUACCGUUCACACCUGCAGAACCAGUAACGGUGGGUGUGUAGUGUGUGCCCUGCAUACCAGGCGUGAUGCCGCGUGGGUUUGACGCCCGUGAUCUCGUUUGAUUCUAGCAAUGUCCUCAUGGAGUAGAUGUGACCCUUGUCGCCAUUGGUGCACCUAAGGCUCCAGAGGCGGCACAGCUCCGAAGGACAGAGCCUGGAUUCACAUGGAGGUCUCUUCUCCACCCCAAUAUAUUUUUCUUGAUUUCAGAGAGGAAGGGAGAGAGAGAGAAACAUCAAUGAUGAGAAUCACUGAUUGGCUGCUUCCUACAUGCUCCCUACUGGGGAUCAGCCACAACCUGGGCAUGUGCCCUCCCGGUUCAUAGGUCCACUCUCGAACCCUGAGCCGCCCCGGCUGGGCCUCGGGUAGGUCUCCUAAUUGCUCUUGCUGUAUUGGCUGAGUGUACCUUUUCCAGCCCCGCUUUCCCUUCCACUACCCACUGCUUUCAGGUGUGAGUGGUGUCCUGUCACUUCCGUUUCACCUCGUUACAGCCAGCUGUCAUUUCCACUUAAAAAAAUUAAUUCAAGCUGUCUUCUAAAAUAUGUCUCAUGAAGGUUAGACAGAUUGGAUGUUUGUAAACUAAUCUGUGGGCUUGUCUAGAGGGUCAGUGCCUCUGUAUGCUAAUCGGUGAUUCCUUCUUGUCAGGAGGAAUCUUAUAAUAAAAUUCAUAUUUUAAUUGAG